AUGAUUGAUUUUUUUUGUGUUGCCAGCAGAAAAGGUUUAAAACAGAAAGGACAAGGAGGGAACAACACAGGACUGGGCGCCCACCAUCGUUACUCCUCUUUGCUGCUGGUGUUGCUUUUGCCGAGUGUUGGGGAUUUGUUCUUCCGCGGCAUGGCCUCCAAGGGGUGCUUCAUAGCGGUCCUGAUAGCACGCACGCAUGACCAUGUGCCUUUAUGUAGUUACACGGACGAGAACUAUGCCAACUCCAACGAGAUAAGACAACAGGAGCAGCGUGUUCUAGAGCGGAUGGAGUCCCCUGCAGCAGCAACAGACCGAACUAGCGCAAAGGGAAGUUACUACCAAAGCUUUGACCAUCGGGAUUGUAUCUACUUUGCAUUUCAGGACGCCGCAACGGAUUUGACGAUCAUCACGGUAGUCAACAAGUUACUUCUGCGCAACUCGGGAGAUGUUGGGGCAAUGAAUCGUCUUGCGUGCGGUUUAUUAGAUCUUGUCUUUUCUGAGUUUUUGCAGUCGUACACGGUGAGUGAGAUUGCAGCCACCAAUGUUCGUCCGUUUCAGUUUAUUAAGUUUGACGCGACCCUUCAAAAGUUGAUCCGCCAAGUACAGCAGGAUAGGCAGGGCAACAACGUUGUGAUCGGUGGGCCGGGCGCCGCCUCGCAGGGCUCCGGGCAGCGUCGUCAGGUGAACCCCCACUACGACGCACUGCGGCAGGAGCUCACGGAUGUGCAUUUUGUGAUGCGAAAGAAUCUUGAGGAUCUGAUGACGCGUGGGGAGAAGUUAGAGACGAUGAACCAAUUCAGCGCCCAGCUGGUGGAUCAGAGCUCGCGCUUCUACAAGAAGACAGUUCACAUGAAUCGGAUGCGGCUGCUACGUCUGUACGGCCCUCCCGCCGUGGUGAGUCUCAUUCUUAUCAUAUUCUUUUAUUUUUACCUGUUCUAG